CCAGCCCACCUCUCUCUCUCUCUCUCUCUCUCUCUCUCUCUCUCUCUCUCUCUCUAAACUCACUGUGAUUCACAAUGCGAGCAGCUACAGUACUGUCGGUGCUAUUAUGCGCCACCUUCCAUAUCUCCUUAGCCAUCACUGACGGAUUAUUACGGAAUGGCAACUUCGAGCUCGCCCCAAAGUCCUCGGACAUGAAAGGCACGGAGGUGCUGAGGCACGAUGCCAUCCCAGAGUGGGAGAUAUCGGGCUUCGUCGAGUACAUAAAGGCGGGCCAGAAGCAAGGCGACAUGUUGCUGGUGGUGCCGGAGGGUGCCUUUGGUAGGCUAGGGAACGAGGCGUCGAUAAAGCAAAAUUUGAAGGUAACCAAGGGAAUGUACUAUUCCAUCACCUUUAGUGCAGCUCGAACUUGUGCUCAGGAGGAGCAGCUUAACGUGUCCGUGGCACCGGACUCCGGCGUGCUACCAAUGCAAACCAUGUAUAGUAGCAAUGGAUGGGACUCAUAUGCAUGGGCCUUUCAAGCCAUGUACGAUGUGAUAGAGAUCCUCAUCCACAACCCCGGCAAAGAGGAGGAUCCGGCUUGUGGACCACUUAUCGAUUCAAUUGCAAUUCGAACCCUAUACCCUCCUAAAUCAACCAAUAAGAACAUAUUGAAAAAUGGGAAUUUCGAAGAAGGUCCGUAUGUGUUCCCCAACACAUCAUGGGGUGUACUCAUCCCUCCCAAUAUUGAGGAUGAUCACUCUCCACUCCCCGGUUGGAUGGUCGAAUCUCUCAAAGCCGUCAAGUACAUAGACUCGGACCACUUCUCGGUACCACAGGGCCAACGUGCGGUGGAGCUCGUGGCGGGAAAAGAGAGUGCCAUUGCCCAAGUGGUCCGAACCAUCCCUGGCAAGACGUAUGAGCUCUUUUUCGCGGUAGGAGACGCUAGCAACUCCUGCGAAGGGUCCAUGAUCAUCGAGGCAUUUGCCGGGAAAGACACCCUUAAGGUGCCCUACGAAUCCAAGGGCAAAGGUGGCUACAAGCGCGCCGUGCUCAGGUUUGUGGCCGCGGCCACGCGCACACGUAUCAUGUUCCUUAGCACCUUCUACACCAUGAGAAGUGACGACUUCGCUUCCCUCUGUGGCCCUGUUCUUGAUGAUGUGAAGCUGUUGAGUGUUCGGAAACCGAGACGAUUGAUGUGAAGCCAUUAGUACUGCAGAUAUACCGAGUGAAGUGUGCUGAAUCUUUUGGUUAUUUUGCUGAGAAUUUUUUUUUGGUUAUAAGGGAAGCAAGGAAAGAAGGGUUGCAGUUUCAAGUUAGAAUACUUUUUACAUAAUUAUGUUCUGUACCAUGCUUAUUAUCAGUAUGGUAUGUAUAGAUAUAUAAAUUAAUAUAUAGUGGUGUGAUUUUAAUUUUAUUGAGUGGUUAUGUACUUCAGCAAAAUGAAUGAAUGGAAAAAAAUUUAAAUUUAUUCAA